CGGUACCACUGUCAAAAAAACAACAACAACGAGCAAAUCGAACAGUUCCGAGGAAUGCGGACAGAAUGUUAUCCCUUUCCAAACAUUGUAUCAUUUUUGGCCUGACUCUUUUGGGAAACCACCGUCAGUGACGUGCGUAAUGUGAUAGCUUUCUAUUAGCUUUGUCGUAUCACACUGCAGCUUUUUGGCCACCCUUCACGGUUGUUGUUACCGUUCUGUCAUACAUGAGUCACUUCCGGUCAAAAUGACUAAAGACAUUGUGCUUGGAGAUGACCUGCCGGACUGGGUGGGUGCCAAGGAGUUUUACCAGAAGUAUGACCCUAAAGAGGUGAUUGGCCGUGGCGUAAGCAGCGUGGUGCGCAGGUGCGUCCAUAGACACACUGGGCAAGAGCUGGCUGUCAAAAUCAUCGAGAUCACUGCUGAGAAGAUGACCAUCCAGCAACUGGAGGAGGUGAAGACCUCCACGCUUAAGGAGAUCCAAGUCCUCAAUAUGGUUAAGGGCCACUCGUCCAUCAUUACACUCAUCGAUUCCUAUGAGUCUGCAACCUUCAUCUUCCUGGUGUUUGACCUCAUGAGGCGAGGGGAGCUGUUUGACUACCUCACGGAAAAAGUGACGCUGAGCGAGAAGGAAACAAGGAGCAUGAUGCGAGCUCUGCUAGAAGCGGUGCGCUACCUGCACUCUCUCCACAUCGUCCACCGCGACCUUAAACCGGAGAACAUUCUGCUGGACGACCAAGGACACAUUAAACUGUCUGACUUCGGUUUCUCGGUGCAGCUGCAACCUGGCGAAAAACUCAGAGAGCUUUGUGGAACACCUGGAUAUUUAGCUCCCGAAAUACUGAAAUGCUCCAUGGACGAAAUGCACCCCGGUUACGGAAAAGAAGUCGAUCUCUGGGCAUGCGGCGUGAUUUUGUUCACCUUACUAGCCGGUUCGCCGCCCUUCUGGCACCGCAAACAGAUGCUGAUGCUCAGGAUGAUCAUGGAGGGGCGCUACAAGUUCGGGUCGCCAGAGUGGGAUGACCGAUCGGACACCGUGAAGGAUUUGAUCUCCAGGUUGCUGGUGGUGGAUGCCAGCGCACGUCUGACAGCUGAGCAGGCUUUGACUCAUCCUUUCUUUAGACAGUACCAGAAGGAAGACGUACGGCGAUUUAGCCCGAGGAAGUCAUUCAGGGUGUUGAUCGUGACGGUGCUAGCUUGCAUCCGCAUGUUCGGCCGCUACCGGCGUGCUCGCCCGCUGACCCGAGAGGUUCUGGCCCGCGACCCUUACUCCCUGCGGGGCGUGCGCAAACUCAUCGACGGCUGCGCCUUCCGCAUCUACGGCCACUGGGUGAAGAAAGGCGAGCAGCAGAACCGAGCCGCGCUCUUCCAAAACACGGCCAAGGUCAUGCUGCUGGAGCUGGAGGACUUUGAAAACUAAACCUCACAUAUUUUUUUGUCAUUUUAACACAUUUGUUUGUUGUCAAGGUGCCAUUUCAUUUUAAAAUGAGAAAUUCAGGAAUUUAUGCCUUACUGAAUCCUGUUUCAAGUACGCACAUAGUUAACAAAAUAUUCCUAAUCAGCCGUUUUUUGGUUGUUUUAAACUGCUUGAAAGUUCAACUCUACUUCAUCUACAGGAAAGCACUGUGACAAGAAAAAAUAGAUUUACUUGACAUCUAGGUGGAAUUUUUAGAGGUUUAUCCUAAAAUUCCAUGCUAGCAUUUUGGGAGUUAGCGUUAGCAUACAAAGAGAUUGUAACAACUCAUAUUUACAGAUGUUGUAGUAUUACAAAUAAGUACUGCGGGAAGCAAAUGUGAAGUAUUUAAACUGUUGUACUGUACUUGCAUGUUUUGGGUCCAAAAAUGGCCGUAUAUGUUUUCAAUGUAUGCCAGUAAAAAGUCAUUCUAUUGCAUCAACGACUGUUGAAUGGGACGAAAUAAAUAGCAGUUAAUAUUU